UAGUGGCGCUAACUGCGCUGUUGUUUCUCUGCGAUGUUGUUGGUCAGCUGUUAACUUUCAAGGUAAAAUGACAGAGAAUUUAGUGUUUUAUUCAGAAACCAAAUCCAUCAUGGAGACCGCCAUUAAGACCGCCAUUGAUGUUAUCGGAAAUCCAAAUGAAGAUAAUUCCACCAAACAAAAUGAAAGGCGUAAGCCAGAUUUUGACAGUAUUGUGGAAAUGUUGGCACGGGAGGCAACGAGAAAGAUCAACGCUGUCUUCUCCCAGCUGUCCUCAACGCUGCUCAACGACAACAAGACUCUGAAGACCGAAGUGGGACGGCUGGAGAGCGAGCUGAAGACUGUGACCGGAAACUUUGAAAAUGCCAGAAUGUGGAGAGAAAACGUCCUGAACGGCUGCCCGGUCCUGUUCGAGCAGAGCGGGUUGAUCUUUACCUUGAAGCCGUUUGGAAAGUUAAUAAGAAAAACAGAUAAAUUAUCAGAGGGAGAAGCAUCGCCUGCUGCUGGGAUGCAGGAUGGACAUGAUGCUGAUGGUGGAGAGGAAACAAAGGAGGGGAACUCUGAAGCAAAGUUGUCAACAGCCGGUAGACAAGACACCGCGGACGAUUGUACAACAACAAACACGGCAAAAUCCAAAAACACUGGCAGCCAAAGCACGCAGGAAGCAGGAGUCAGGAGGAAAGGGAAGGUUUUUGUGUGCGACGUCUGCAACAAGAGCUUCAACCGGCAGUUUCAUCUGAUGAAGCACAUGAACACUCACAAAGAACAGAGGCCUUUCGCCUGCGACCAGUGCCCGAGAAAAUUCAGGAAUGCGUCGACUUUUGAGCUCCACCUGCUGCGGCACGAGGAGAGAAAGUUUGCUACCUUCGCGUGCGAGCUCUGCGAGAAGACGUUUAAAACAAAAAUGCGCCUGAAGGCUCACCAGCUUGUACACACAGACACGAGGCCGUUCAUCUGCUCCACCUGUGGGAAGGGCUUCAAAACUCAACGCAACCUCAAGGCUCAUCAGGUCGUACACACUGCUGAAAAGCCGCACAAGUGCUCAGAGUGCGGGGAGAGUUUCAGGUACGCGUUCACGCUGCAGUGCCAUAAAAGCAUUCACAGUGGUGAACAUCCUUACAAAUGCACGGUGUGUGGCAAAGCUUUUGUAAAGAGGAAAUCGCUAAGGACGCACCAGUCGGUCCACAGAGGGAAGAUGUUUACAUGUGAGACGUGCGGAGCUGGGUUCACCCUCCAGCACAACCUGAACAGACACAUUCGUAUCCACACGGGUGUAACACCGUUCAAAUGUGAGGUCUGCGGGAAGAGUUUCAUUCAGGACAACAAGCUGAAAGCACACAUGCUUCUUCACGGUGCCUCAAAGUCGUUCAUGUGUGACCUGUGUGGAAAGACUUUUCUUUACAACUGCCAGCUUCAGAAACACCAGAAAGUAACUCACGAUGAGACACACGGGCAGGUAAUCAGAAGGCGAACUCGAGAGCGAGGUAACCGCAGAGUUAUCUACCGACGGGACCGAACGACAGUAGAUGUGACGCCGUUCAGCUGCAAGACCUGCCGCAAGAGCUUUGACACAGAGAGUAUGCUUAAAAGACACGAGCUCAUUCACACAGGUCCGAUGCAAUACAGCUGCGACACCUGUGGGAAGUCCUUUUUCUACAAAGCUACGUACGAAUACCAUCAACGGAUCCACUCGGGAGAACGGCCGUUCGGGUGUGACGUAUGUGGGAAGAGGUUCAUCAUCCUGCAGUCUCUAAAGUCCCACAAACUGCAGCACUCGGGGGAGAAACCGUAUAUAUGCGAGCUGUGCGGCAAGGCCUUCAGGAUCUACACCAACUACCUCAGGCACUCACGGAUCCACACGGGGGAGAAGCCCUACGAGUGUGAAGUUUGCGGGAUGAGGUUCAGGCAGCUUGGACACGUGAAGUUUCACAUGCAGGUCCACACGGGAGAGAGACCCUAUUCCUGCAGCAGCUGCGGACUCGGGUUUUCAGACUCAAGGCUGUUCAAGAGACACAACUGUUCUGAGAAAUACCAGAAAAUGUUAGGAAGCGCACUUGCUACUUCCUGAAACUGAGCACCCGGUGGUGAGAAUAACUGGUAGGAGACUCACCUGUGGUUUAUCUUAAAUUGAUAUUUCUGUCAGGACAAAACACACCGGAUAUGUAAAAGAAAUACAUAACAGCUGCACAGAGCUUUAACUAGAACUAAGACAUGAACUGAUGUAGAGCUAAAACUAAACCACCAGCUACACAUCCAGUAACACAAAUUGUGAGCUGAAUUACGCACGAAAAUUCCUUGCAAAAAUGUAUUUUGAUAAUUAUGAGAGUUUUAAUUAAACUCUGGCCACAGGCUUGAAAUGUGUAAUUGUAAACUGUCCUCAACUAAAGAUAUAAAAAAAGAUUCUGUUUAAAUAAAGGUUUAUUUAAAUCAUCUAUAUCAUA